AUACAUGUGCGUUUUCGGUCCCGCUAGUGUUUCCGUGCCCAUUGACCGUCAGAAAAAAAAAGAACCGAACAGGGGAAAUCUGACCGAAUUUCGGUGGUAAAUAUUUACAUUUUCGCAACCAAAAUAUGUGAAAAGUGUGCCCGAAAAAGCGCCCGACACAAUCAGCAUGGAAUUACCGCGCGAAAGAUGAAAUUUGAUGGUUAAAAUUCGAUUUGAAAAUUAGUGAAUCUGCUCGUCUGUCUGGUUUUGCUGCGGUUCCAUUUUGGCAGACCGAGCAGAAAGCAUUCGUCGUAUGUGCUUGUGUGCGUGCUUGUGCAAACAGAAGGAAGGAAAAGUACCGUGGCCUUCCCGAUACUCGUUUCUCGAAAAGGGCUCUCGAGCGGGAAUUUGUAAUAUUUUUUUUUAUUUGAAACAUUAAAUUAACAAAUUAGUGCCGAAAGUAUCGCAUUGAAAACAAACCUCCACAGAAGGGAAAGUGCGCUGUGAGGGGUUUUUGCGACUCGUUUAUUGGUUAUCAAGUUUCUCAUGCCAGUACAAAUGGUUUGCGACUCAACGUCGUUAGUGAGUGCGGCGCUCCGUGACUCGCUAGGCUCGUCCUCUACUUCUAACAGCAGCGGAGUAGGUUCCGUAUCUGGCAGCAACGGCAAUGGCCAAUCAUCGUCUCUAUUCAGUGCAGGUUCGUCAAACAGCUCCGGUUUCCUUGAGCCAGAGGAGGAAAGUAUCGACCGCAUAGAGAACUCCCUAACGGCUGCUAUCCGCCGGAACCAGUUCCGUCCCAUUCGCUACGAGGAGGUUCCAAACUGUAACAACGACCUGGACAGCCUCAAAUCCAAAUAUACCGUGCUGAAAACCACCGCCAGUAGCAAUGCUAUCAACGACGUAUCUGCGGGUGUUUGUGGGGCUGGAUCGACUAACGGAAGCGCCACCAAUACCAACGGACUGCUGAUGAAUGGCGGUAUCCACUCGACGAUGACGACCAAAGCGGCCACUGCUGACGCCUCCAGCAACGGUGGCGGCGGCAUCAGUCAGCAAAAUGGUAGUUCGGGUGGCAGUGCCAAGGACCAGUUGCCAACGCCGAAACGAGUCCUUUACCCGAGAGACUGCGUCCAGCUCGGCUGGAAAGCCAGCGGUAGGAAGUGGCAAACCGGAGCGGGUAUGAUAAACGUCGGCAACACGUGCUAUCUGAACUCCACCCUGCAGGCCCUGUUCCACGUUCCGGCCAUCGCUAACUGGCUCAUCUCGGACAGCAGCCACCGUGAGCGUUGUGAUGAUAGAAACGAUGGAUGCAUCAUCUGUGCAAUGGCAAAGACGCUUAUGGCUUCCCAGGGCAAUCAGGGAGCCAUCAAACCGUAUCUGGUUUACUCCAAACUACGGCUGGUCUGCAAACAUCUAGUUCCUGGUCGUCAAGAAGACGCCCACGAGUUUCUGCGCUACCUAAUGGAAGCUAUGGAAAAGAGCUUUCUUUCUCGGUUCGAUAAGAGCAAGGAACUCGAUCAGUACAGCAAGGAAACGACACCGCUAAAUCAGAUACUCGGCGGCUAUCUCCGGUCGGAGGUAAAGUGCCUAUCCUGCCAGCACACCUCGACGACAUUUCAACACUUUGAAGAUCUGCUGUUGGACAUCAGAAAGGCGAACUCCAUUGAGGAAGCACUUGAUGUGUACUUUGCUCGGGAAAGAUUAGAGGAGAUGCAAUACAGGUGUGAGGCUUGUAAGAAGCGGGUAGCCGCCACGAAGCAGUUCUCUCUGGAAAGAGCACCGUUCGUACUUUGCAUUCAGUUGAAGCGGUUUUCAAUGUUGGGUGGAAAAAUUAACAAGCAUGUGGAGUUGAGAAAUCGGCUAGAUCUUACGCCCUACUCAUCCAAAUCGGCAACUUCUAGCGGAAAGUUGACCUAUAAACUGGUGUCAAUGGUCACCCAUCUAGGAAAUACGCAACACUGCGGCCACUACACCGCCAUUGGUAGCACAGAAAGCGGCACUUACUACGUGUUCGAUGACAGUUCUGUAAGAUCAAUCUCGAUGCAGAACGUCACCAGCACCAACGCUUACAUUAUAUUCUACGAGCUGGAAAGUGUUCAGAACGGUAUAAAAACUAGUGCUAGUAGCACUGCCACGUUGGCAUCUUUUGCCAACGCCACUGGGAGUUCGCCCAGAAAGAUUGGAAACGGUGGUUCAUCAACGGGUGGAACCUUCACUACUAACUCGUCGCCCCUCCGACUUAUUGGGUCUAGCGGCAACUCUAACCACAACCCUCUUUUCCCGAGCAAGCUGGAAAACCGGACGGGCUUUAUUGGUCCAGUGUUGCCCCAACAGACGCAACCGAAACCGAAAAAGUUGGCUAACGGGUUGAGCAACAACCAUCACAAUUCAAUGAAUGAAAAGGAAGGGGAAAUAAUGGUUUCAUCCACCACUGCCAGACUUUCGCCAGUUUCAUCAACCACGUCUUCACUGUCCAGUCCAUCACCGAAUAAAAACCCUACCCCGAAUAGUCCAUCCAGCAGCAAGUUGGUGAAAAAUCCCCUCAAUCAAAACCCUGUCAGCGUUAAAAACAAAUUCGGCAUGACAAUUACCACCUCAAACUCGGCCUCUGACGUCAGCAAUGGUAUUAACGGUACCAACAUCAGCUUUAAAUCUUCUUCCACAUCUUCAUCUUCUACUGCCUGUCCUUCUUCCUCGUCAUCUGCUUUACCAUCAAUGCCUAAACUUUGUAACAGUCCUGCAGCCACGAAGAGUGCUAGUACUGGGGAAAAGUCCUUCGAAGGAACGAACUCUACCGCCAACGGUACGCUCAAGAGUGUUACUUACCCAGCCACGACGUCCACCGGCGAGAAAAACAGCUACGUCAACGGUCUCAGCAGCAGCAAAGCGGUCAGUCUAGUUCCCUACGAUGCCGACGAUGAUGAAGACGAUGACGAAGGGGACGAUUCCUACGGUGGUAAUAAUGCCAAUAGGCUGGCUAAACGUCAUACUACCCAGCAGAAUAAUGACAGUGAGGAGGAUACCGAACGGGCCCUUCUAGGGCCGGUUGGAAACAAAAAGCUCCCUGAAUCCCCCGAAGAGGAAGAAUCGUCUCGUUCGCCCAAGUCACCUCCAGUUAUCAAAACGAAAACCGGCCUCUGGAAAGUGAGUGAUAAUAAUGUUCCAACUAGCAGCAGUAGCAGCAGCAGUGCAAAUAGUAGUAAGAGUGCAUCCCCUUCGACGUCUGGAAAUUCGUCCCCAGCAAACUACAGCCACGCCAAUGGCUCGAGCGGUGGUCCCUUGGCGUCUGGUUAUCAAUCCAGUAACUCUGGCAAUGGUGGUCGUCAGUCGAACGGGUUCAAUGGUUAUAACGGCGGUUAUAACCGAAGCAACGACGUCGUAGAUCAACUGCAAAAGUUCUCACACCGUGGUUACGGAGCACCAGUCCGUAGCUGGAAUGGUCAACAGACCAACAUGGAGCGUGAACUGAUGAACGAGCGGCGCGAAGAUCGGAAACGACAGGUGGAAGAUGACCGCGAGACGGAAAUGGAUCGUGGUCGCGUAAAGAAAGUAAAAACACACUACUAUCCACGUGACCAGCGUGAUAGCCAAAUACAAAACCCCUUCCAAAGCUACCAAAAUCAGCAGAUGAAUGGUGGUGGAGGAGGAGGAGGCAACAAUCGGAACAAGUGGAAUAACCACUGCAAUGGAUUCGGUGGUGGGAGCAAAUACGGGAACGGUGGUGGUAGUCAACAAUUUCAGCACAGAAACUACCACAACAACUACCAAAAUGGGCGCAACUAUCAGUCGGGGGGGUUUCGAAAUGGUGGGCGCCACGGCGGUCGCAAUGGGUUUUAUAAUAAGUCGAAUCAUCAUCAUCAGCGUGAUAAUGGCAGUGGCAAUGGCUUUUAUAACCGAUAGGCGGUUUCUACAACAACGACUCCGACAACGAAAGGAGUGUAAAUCAAUGUUGUUGUUGUUGCAGGACACUGCCGCACUGGAUUAGAAGAUAUGCAUUAUUCCCGUUGCUUCGACUGUGAGAACGGAGGAAAGACAAUGCUAAACAACACGAGAGAAGAAAAGAUUUUUAUCGAAUCAAAUUUUACUUUUAGUCAUAGUUCCUUUCCCCCUCCGACUGCUGCUAACUAUGUUUUGUUGUAUAAAUGUGUAAUUAAGUGAGAGCCUUUAAAAGGGGAAUAAACGCGAGUGAUUUUUUUUCUCUGUUGACGACAAAAGCAACUAUUCUUAUCCCAAGUUCCAAAAUAACCAGAUAACGCAUUUUUUUACAUUUGCUCUAGUGAUAAUCUGGAUUGAGUUGUUUUUUUUUAUAGAGUUGGUGCACACUGUUUGCGUUUAGCUUCCGCAAUGAAUAAAUCAGAAACUAUUACAAUGAGCCGAACUUGUACAUAGACUAGGAUCGAUAAUGCUUUUUUAUUUGGAACCAGAACUAUGCUGUCAAACAUGGAGGGAUAAUAAUAAUUGAAGAAACAUGUAAAUAGGUUAAAUAACUUUCACACAGAAAAGGAAGAUGAGAAAAUACCUCUUGGAACAAGUUAUCUUGGGGAAGACAAAAUAAGAUGAAAAAUACAUUUAUACCUGCAACUGCUGAAACAAUUUAUUGAAAGUAGGCUAAACAUUAGCAAUUAUUACGUCAUAUAUCGUACACAUACCUACAAAUCUUAACCGAAGUAGUGAUUAAUCGAAAUUUGCAGUUACUGUCACGUUGCUAGGAGUCCUUUCUAUUGAUUGGCCACUGUUGAAACUCCGUUCCGUUCUUUUGCAAACCACUGUUUACAAUCCAGAAUGGGAAUGCAAAUAUCGGUUUUUCCCUUUUUGCGCGGUUUUUUUCCUACGAUUCUCAAGCAGUGAUCAGGUGUUUAAACAAAUAAAAAUGUUUCAUGCAAACUACGUUUCCAAAAGACUAACUGCAUCCACGCAUAUGAAGUAUAAACCAUGUAAAAAAUGUGUCCACAUCAAGAUUAACUUUAUAUACAAACUAGGAUAUUUGAUGAUGAUCACAACAGCCAGUAAUUAAUCAGCGGUAAAAGUGCCACAAAACUGACCCGAAGCUACUGGCGCAGGGAAUUAAACAGAUUUAAAAAUCUAACAACAUUAACAACGCGCGCCGAAGUGAUUUGCCGCCAAAAAUUAUAGCGGGAAACCUACGGUUCAAAUGCGCCUUGAACAUGGAACAGAGGAAAGAAACUAGAAACACUGUAAAUAGGCUAUCUAAUAAAUUAUAUAUAAACCUACCUUCAUUGUCAUGGAAUUCGGCGAAACAAUAAAAACCGAUGGAUAGUCGAUGCUUGGAAAAGCGAACGACAGAAAAGCAUUGCUUGAAGAUUGAUUGUAAAAUAUUACGUAAGUUGAUUAAUAAAAAAAUAUAUAUAUAAGUUAGUUAUCAUACUGAGAAGAAAAACGGAAA